AUCGGUCUCAAGGCGGAAUGGGCAAUUACCGUCUGGGUAAAUGAGGACGGGAGUGGAUGUGAAGCAAUGCUUCAAUCGUUCAAAGGCCUUGUUUGUCUUGUGAGUCCAUUCAAAUGGUACAUCCUUCUUUGUGAGGUCGUUGAGAGGUCGGGCCAUGGUCGCGAAGUCUUCGAUGAAUCUGCGAUAGAAGUUUCCAAAGCCGAGGAAGGACUGUACUUCUUUCAGGUUCUUCGGGGUUGGCCAGGCGGCGAUUCCAUCGACCUUGACCGGGUCCAUGGAUAUAUUAUCCACGGAAAUGAUGAACCCAAGGUAUUUGACUGUGUCUGUCUCGAAGGUGCACUUGGAAGGUUUGAGGAAUAA